AUGCCUAUGCAAAAAGAAUUCAGAACCUCUGCUUACCACUCCCGUUUCCAAACUCCUUUCCGUAGAAGACAAGAAGGUAAAACCGACUACUACCAAAGAAAGAGAUUAGUCACUCAACACAAGGCUAAAUACAACUCACCAAAAUACAGAUUGGUUGUUAGAUUCACCAACAAGGAUAUCAUUGCUCAAAUUGUCAGUGCUCACAUUACUGGUGAUGUUGUUUUCACCGCUGCUUAUGCUCACGAAUUACCAAGAUACGGUAUCAAAUACGGUUUGACCAAUUGGUCUGCUGCUUACGCCGUUGGUUUAUUGGUUGCCAGAAGAGCUUUGCAAAAAUUAGGUUUGGAUGAAACUUACACUGGUGUUGAAGAAGUUGAAGGUGAAUUUGAAUUGACUGAAGCCGUUGAAGACGGUCCAAGACCAUUUAAAGUCUUUUUGGACAUUGGUUUGCAAAGAACCACCACUGGUGCCAGAGUCUUUGGUGUUUUGAAAGGUGCUUCCGAUGGUGGUUUGUACGUUCCACACUCACCAAACAGAUUCCCAGGUUGGGAUAUCGAAGCCGAAGAAUUGGAUGCUGAAUUAUUGAGAAAAUACAUUUUCGGUGGUCACGUUGCUGAAUACAUGGAAGAAUUAUUGGAUGAUGAUGAAGAAAAAUACAAAUCUAUCUUCAAAAACUACAUCGAAGAAGAAAUUGAAAGUGAAGAUGUUGAAGAAAUCUACGCUAACGCUCACGAAGCCAUUAGAGCUGACCCAUCUUUCAAACCAACUGAAAAGAAAUUCACCAAAGAACAAUACAAGGCUGAAUCUAAGAAAUACAGACAACAAAAAUUGACCAGAGCUGAAAGACAAGCCAAAGUUGCUAAGAAGAUUGCUGAAUUCAAAGCUCAACAAGAAUAA